AUGGCAAACAUCACCAGUAAUGCAUCCUACGAGACACUUUUUGAGGUGACAUCUCAGUCCUCUGGGAUUCACAAGCUGUUAUAUCUUUCAUUCGCUGCAACUUUGGGAAUCGUGGUCUGGAUUUUGUGGACUUACGUCGUGCGACUCGUUCUGCUCCGCAGAUUCUAUGAGAAACAAGGCAUCCGCUUCGUGGAUAAAUGCUAUGCUGUCGUCGGAGCGGAGAUGAGAGUAUCGGGGCUACAAGUGAAGAAUAAGAGCCAUGACUGGCUGUAUACUGAACGCCCGACAGACAUUCACGGAACGGUCCGUGGCUUUUCGCUUCAGCUUUAUUGCACCAGCGCGGAAUUCUGUGAAGAGCUAAUAGCCAAGACGGGGUUUCAUGUUGACCGAGACACCCCAGCUCUGUUCUCCUUCGGCCGCCUAAGCCCCUACGCCUUAACCUUCCUCCCAAUAAACAAAUGGCGUUUCCGUGAAAGAAAAGUUACUUUGACCAAAGGCAUGCGAGAUAAUAAACGCCUAUUCGAUAUUGUCAGUCGACAGGCCGAGGAAGCACUCACACGUUUCAGGGUAAAGAACGGAUCUGGUAUUACAAUUAACAUCCGCGAGCUAUUGAACCACUGGACCAGGGAAUCCAGCGGAGAGUUUAUUUGGGGUAGAAGCAAUAUCCAGCGCCAGCUUACCGUCAAAGACACCGCUGGAAACUUGGUCACUCUUCCUUCUAUGACUGCCUUAAACCAAACAUUUACCGAGCUUCGCUUUUAUGCCAGUCGCUUCUGGAACAGAGUUUACUUCCCUUUAGCCGCUCUCCCUCUUACCAAGGAGUCACGCCGAUUGAGCUAUAAUAUUGAAGUCCUGGUGAAAGCAACCGAGGAGAUGAUGCGUACCCCUGAAGAGGAAACUGUGGCAUCCCUUGUUCAGGAGUUCAAUGAUGAACUAGGGAUUCCUAUCACUAUGACCCGUGAUGAUUUAGUAACAGCUACUAUUGCAGGGCUUGAUACAAUUAAAUCUAGCGUUAUGGGAACACUUUUCCAUCUUCUCGAGCCCGAAAACCUAUACUGGAAAAAGCAGUUAUUAGACGAGAUCAAUGAGCUAAAGCAACAACCGGGCAACAUGUUCGUUAAACUCUCGCACGCCCCGAAGCUCAACGCUUUCAUUCUCGAAACACUACGCUACGAGCCGCCUGGGUCGCUUAUUAACAACGCAGCAGUCAAGGAUUUCAACCUGUCAGUCAAGAAUAUGAGCUACAAAAUUAAAUCUGGCACGCGAAUCGUUACUUGUAUCCACGCCCUACACCAGAACGAGGAGAGCUGGGCUCAGCGUGUUAAUCCGAACAUGGCGCCGCUGAACGUUUUCGACCCCAGCCGUUUUCUUGACAAGACAGAGACCAUAACACGUUCGUACUGCUUCAUGCCAUUUGGAAAGGGGCCACGGCGUUGCCCAGGGCAGGGCGCCGGAUUGAUGAUGGUCAAGGUUUUUAUUGCUGCUUUCCUAACUAACAACUUUAACUGUCGUAUGGCGGUGCCGGAGAAUCAGACCAAGGAUAUUACGUGGUUUAACAUAUAUAGCAAGGCGACAUUUGAUGUCAUUUGUAAUGAUGAGAAUUGA